AUGCGACUCAAUCACGUGUCUUUAAUAUGUCAUGUGCUUGCCCUGCUUUUCCCCACCUUCGCUAACUCGUCUCCUGACCCUGUACCAUCUUUUACUUUCGGCACACUUGGUGUGGAUGCUACAUUCGAUUAUGUCGUGAUUGGCGGGGGAACUGCCGGUCUGGUAGUUGCAACGCGGCUCUCUCAGCAACCGAAUGUGUCUGUUGCGGUAAUCGAAGCGGGAGGGUUUUACGAGAUCGACAACGGGAAUCUGAGCGUGAUACCCUCUGACGAUAUCUUCUUCACGGGAUAUAGUCCAGCCGAUACCAAUCCUCUGGUGGAUUGGAGCUUUGUGACUGUUCCUCAAGCUGGCAUGAAUGAUAGAACACUGCAUUAUGCGAGAGGAAAGUGUUUGGGUGGAAGCUCUGGCCGAAAUUAUUUUACAUACCAGCGCGGAACCAAACAAUCAUACCAGAGAUGGGCCUCUGAAGUAGGCGAUAGCUCCUAUGAAUUCGAUUCAUUAUUACCAUACUUCAAGAAGGGUGUUGAAUUCACCCCUCCAAACAAUGCCCUUAGACCAUCAAAUGCUUCGUUGAGCUAUAAUGCUAGUGCCUUCGACCCUAAUGAAGGUCCACUUCAGGUCUCCAUUCCAAUUUGGGCCAAUCCAUUCUCUUCAUUUGCAAAACUCGCCUUUGAGGUACUUGGCUUUCGAUCGGAACUGGACUUUGUUAGCGGAACACUUUCUGGUGUACAAUAUAACAUGAAUACCAUAGACCCGAAGCAACAAACCCGCAGCUCAUCCGAAUCAUCCUACUUGACUACAGCAGCAACUUCAUCACUAAGAGUUUUCAAUGGAACAUUGGCGAAGAAGAUUUUGUUCAAUGGUACAACUGCUUCCGGAGUGUUAGUUAACACUAGUGGUGAAGAGUAUCGCCUGUUCGCAAAGAACGAAGUUAUUUUGUCUGCGGGAGCAUUCCAAUCACCACAAUUACUUAUGAUAUCAGGAGUGGGACCUAAGUCCACAUUAAACCAAUACAACAUCCCGAUAAUCUCAGAACUGCCGGGGGUAGGCCAGAAUAUGUGGGAUCAUGUAGUCUUUGGUCCGAGCUAUCAAGUCAGCGUUAUCACUCAUUCUGCGGUAUCAAAUGCAUCUUAUCUUGAAUUAGCUACGGAACAGUUUUACAAAAAUGGUUCCGGCAUGUUAGGCAAUCCGGGUGGCGAUCUUAUCGCCUGGGAGAAACUUCCCAACUCAUACCGCAAGUCGCUAAGCAAAGCAACUCUCAAUGAACUUGCCACUUUCCCAAAAGAUUGGCCGGAGAUCGAAUACCUCAUUCUGGAUGCGUAUGCCGGUAACCGUUCUAACCCCAUUGCUUAUGCACCUAAAACUCCAUACAUGUAUGCCGCUCCUGCGGCAGCACUUGUCGCUCCACUAAGCCGGGGAAAUGUCACUAUCUCCAGUACCGAUACGGCCGAUCCCCCUCUCAUAAAUCCCAACUGGCUUUCGCAUCCAGCAGACCAAGAGCUCGCUGUUGCAGCAUUCAAACGCGUCAGGGAGCUUAUGAAUACUGAUGAGAUGAAAAGCAUCACCAUCGGAAGUGAAAUUUUCCCGGGACUGGAUGCAAAAUGGGCAUUGCGAGCGAUCCGAUGGCCGUAG